CUUUUGUGUGGCUGAUGCUGUAGCACACAAGUAGGGAUAUCAUCAUGGAUAGGAAGUUUGGGCACAGUCGGUAGCAGCUCAGCACCUGUCAGGCAUUGUUGCAUCUGGGAGAUUAUUGUAGGAGAGAGGGAAGUCACCCUGACUGUGUGCACCUAGUUACUAAGCACCGAGCAGGGGGGCUGCAAGGUGGGGGCAGUUAGAAAAGAGCAAGACUUGGAUCUCUGCUGGGAAGAUGGAAGGCGAGCGGCCCCGGUCAGACACAGUGUCCACCACGGUCAGUUCGCACAUUGAGACCAUCUCCAUGGGUGGCAGCGUGGCAUAUGACAGAAGUUUCCUCAGAAGCCCUACUGGAGUCCUACUGCUGAUGGAAAUUAUAUUCGGCCUGCUGGUAUGGGCUCUUAUUGCAGGCUCAGAAUAUUUCCUUGUCCCUGCAUUUGGUUGGGUGAUGUUUGUAGCUGUGUUUUACUGGGUCCUCUCAGUCUUCUUUUAUAUCCUUUAUCUUACAAGAGCCAACACAAGGAUUACAAAGGUGCCCUGGACUUUGGUGGGGCUGUGCUUCAAUGGAAGUGCCUUUGCUUUAUAUCUCAUCGCUGCUAUAGUAGAAGCCAGUUCAGUUGAUAAAGAUGUUCACCAGCACCAUAACUACAACAGUUGGACUGCGUCUUCUUUUUUUGCUUUCGUAGUCACAGUCUGCUAUGCAUUAAGUACAUAUUUUAGCUUUCAAUCUUGGAGAACAAAGAGUUAAUGUGACACAACCUACCUAUAGCAUCCAGCUGGUGCAAACUACACGUUCAUAUCAUUUCACCUGUGGAGUAUUUAGUGUUUCACAUCCUGUAUAUACCAUCAUUCUGCUUCCCUGAACCUGUUCUGAGUGGAGGAAUGUGCCUUAUUGCUUCAAUCAAAAUCUUUAUUGGGCCACAAAGCAAUGUGUGAAAAACACCAUCUGAAAGAAUUUGUUUUUCCUCUUUAUAAUUUAUUUAAUUCUGUACAUUUUAAUUUUUAUUAUGCUGUAUAUAACUGACUGCAGUAUUUAUUAGGAUGAAUGUAUUUUAUAAAAUGCCCUCAAUUCAGUGAAAUAAACAUGUGAAUAUAAACACAUUACGUAUUAUAGGGUUCCAUGACCCAUAUAAAAAUCACUUUAGAGUCCUAAAAACAGUUUAGGGCUCAUGUACCUCUGUAAGUGCAGUUUGCACAGUCAGUUGCAUGUAAAGCCACUUUCAUUAAAGGUAUUUGCAUCAAAUAGCGCUCAUGCACAUCUCUAUAGUUGCACUCAGCACCAUAGGUCUGGGGAAAAAAACUUUGCAUUGUGGGGAAAAACCAUAACAGGUGUGUGCAGCUGCACUUGCAGACAGACAGACUUCUUAUGUGCCUUUAUAUGGUCACAAAACUUCUGGAAUCUCUAGGGCUGUGGCAUAUGUGGUGCUAUGAACACUGAGGUUCUUUGUUGAUUUCUGAUGAAAGGCAGGGAAUUGUGCAGUAGUCAGAGUGCACAUAUUUGCUAAUAUAUAACAGCUCCUGGUGCCUAAAUGGGCUACUUAUAUUUAAUAGUGGUAUUAGUGGUUAAUUUGGAGACAUUUUCUUAAAACAUUUAAUUAUGUAUUAUAUACCCUGAGCUCUGUUGAGAGAAAUAAGUGUUGAACAAUGCACCUUUUAAAAUAAACUGUUGUAUAGACAUGUAUGCAAAUUAAGGCAAUCAGCAAUGAUUUGUUUUAAUUAAUGUACAUUUUUUUGUCUGGCAUUUUUCUUUUAUUCUUGGCACAAUGGCAUCAUCUAAUGGACACAAUACAAACUACAACUACUUCUCUACAACCCUUAUGCUUCCAGCAAAUGUUGUUACUGAUGACAUGAAUGUAGCAUGCAUGUGUUUGGGGGUACUAUUUAUGAUUGUUCAAUCUAUACACACGUCGAAAGGUCAUUUAGAGUAAUAAAAGUAGCUAUGGAAUGUAAUGGUGUUUUGCCUAACAAUAAUAAAAUGAAUGUUACAGGCA